AUGGAGACGUGUUUCUACCUAGCUAGCUAACAUUAGAAACAGCUAGCAAGCCCCGGUUGGUUUACUUUCCUUGGUAACUAGCUAAGUAACGUUAGCCACCAAGCCAUGGAGACGUGUUUCUACCUAGCUAGCUGACAUUAGAAACAGCUAGAAAGCCCCGGUUGGUUUACUUUCCUUGGUAGUUAGCUAAGUAACGUUAGCCACCAAGCCAUGGAGACGUGUUUCUACCUAGCUAGCUAACAUUAGAAACAGCUAGAAAGCCCCGGUUGGUUUACUUUCCUUGGUAGCUAGCUAAGUAACGUUAGCCACCAAGCCAUGGAGAAGUGUUUCUACCUAGCUAGCUAACAUUAGAAACAGCUAGCAAGCCCCGGUUGGUUUACUUUCCUUGGUAGCUAGCUAAGUAACGUUAGCCACCAAGCCAUGGAGACGUGUUUCUACCUAGCUAGCUGACAUUAGAAACAGCUAGAAAGCCCCGGUUGGUUUACUUUCCUUGGUAACUAGCUAAGUAACGUUAGCCACCAAGCCAUGGAGACGUGUUUCUACCUAGCUAGCUGACAUUAGAAACAGCUAGAAAGCCCCGGUUGGUUUACUUUCCUUGGUAACUAGCUAAGUAACGUUAGCCACCAAGCCAUGGAGACGUGUUUCUACCUAGCUAGCUGACAUUAGAAACAGCUAGCAAGCCCCGGUUGGUUUACUUUCCUUGGUAACUAGCUAAGUAACGUUAGCCACCAAGCCAUGGAGACGUGUUUCUACCUAGCUAGCUGACAUUAGAAACAGCUAGAAAGCCCCGAUGAACAGCAACGGGAAUAAGAGGGUACCGACCACAGCCACCCAGAGACUAAAACAGGACUACCUCAGGAUAAAGAAAGACCCUGUGCCUUACAUCUGUGCUGAACCCCUACCAUCCAACAUCCUCCAAUGGCACUAUGUUGUUCGAGGUCCUGAGAAGACCCCAUACGAAGGGGGAUAUUAUCAUGGCAAAUUAAUAUUCCCUCGGGACUUCCCCUUUAAACCACCCAGCAUCUACAUGACCACACCAAACGGGAGAUUUAAGUGUAACACUAGGUUAUGUCUGUCCAUCACUGAUUUCCACCCGGACACGUGGAACCCAGCCUGGUCCGUCUCCACCAUCCUGACUGGUCUGCUCAGCUUCAUGGUGGAGAAAGGCCCCACUCUGGGUAGCAUCGAGACCUCUGACUACACUAAAAGACAGCUGUCGGCCCAGAGCUUGACCUUUAACCUGAAGGACAAGGUGUUCUGUGAACUGUUUCCUCAUGCAGUCGAUGAGAUCAAGCAGAAGCAGAAGGCCCAGGAGGAGUUGAGCACCCGCCCCCAGCCCCUCCCCCUCCCAGACGUAGUUCCCGACGGCGACUUUCACCACGGCAACUACGGAAUCCCCGCCCUCAACGGAGGCCAUGCCCCCUUGGGCCCUGCUAUGCUCGCCCCCGGCCUACAGCAGCCCAAUCGGAAUCACGGACUUCUUGGCGGGGCCUUGGCCAACCUGUUUGUGAUUGUGGGGUUCGCUGCGUUUGCCUACACGGUGAAGUACGUGCUGCGGAGCAUCUCCCAGGAGUGAGAGAGGAGAGAGGGCUGAAGAAAAGGGGACUGUUGACCCUCGGCCCAGUUACAGGACUAUUAGAGGA